AAAGUUUAAUUAAAAUCAAAUCUGCGUUUACAGUUCAGUUUUGCAAUCAUGGUACUGACUGCGGUGUUGGUGUUUCUCAGUGCACUGGGACCUGUUAUAGCAAUUCGACUGGAUGGAAAUGGGUACACUGAUAUUCUCAUUGUUAUCAACCCACAGGUGCAAGAGAAUGAAGAACUGAUCCAUCAGACCAAGGAAAUGAUCAUCAGUGGAUCAAAUUAUCUAUUUGAAGCUUUAGACCACAAGGUGUUCUUCAAGGAGGUGAAAAUACUCGUCCCACCAAACUGGACAACAGGAAAGUAUGAGAAAGCAAGAAAUGAAUCCUAUGAAAAGGGCAGAAUAAUAAUUGACAACCCACAUCCUUCAUUUGGUGAUGAUCCAUACACUCGUCAGACCAAAGGCUGUGGAGAGGAGGGUGAUUACAUUCAUUUCACACCAAACUUCUUGUUAAACAAUGAUCUCAUCCAAGUAUAUGGACCUCGAGGACAGGUUUUUGUGCAUGAAUGGGCUCACCUCAGAUGGGGGGUAUUUGAUGAAUAUAAUAAGAAAGAACCCUUCUAUGAGAAGCUUGGUGAAAUUCUACCGACAAGGUGUACUGAGAAGAUUACUGGCCAGUGGCAUGAAAUUAUUCACCAGCAAACUCGACCUUGCCAAUUUGAUGAAAACGGAAAACCAACAUCCCAGUGCGAAUUCCUUCCAGAUAAAGUGCAAGAGACAAAUGCUUCAAUAAUGUACCUACAAAGUUUAGAAUCUGUAAAAGCAUUUUGUCAAGAAGGGGAACACAACAUUGACGCUCCCAAUGAGCAGAACACGAAGUGUUCAAACAAAGCCACACAAACCGUCAUCUUUCAGGAUUCUGUGGACAAAGAUGCCCUUCAAAAUCUAAAGCCUCUUUCAUCUGCACCACCAACUCCAACGUUCAAAGUCAUACAGAGGGGACCUCGGGUUAUCUGCCUCGUCCUUGAUGUCUCAGGAAGCAUGCAGGGUUCAAGAAUAAAAAACCAACACCAAUCUGCCACAGUUAUGUUAAACCAGUGUAUACAAGAAAAAGAGACUGUGGGGAUUGUGACAUUUAGUUCUGAUGCUCAAGUACUAAGCCCAUUGACUUUAAUAGAUGGACAGGCUUCAAGAGACAGUCUAAUAAACAAGUUGCCAACAGUUGCAGGCGGAUAUACUUACAUCUGUAAAGGACUCAAAAAAGGCUUAGAGCUCCUUCGAUCAAAUGAUAAGACAUCAAAUGGAGAUGAAAUAAUUUUUCUGACAGAUGGGGAAGCAACUGAUGAUGUUGGAGCUUGUUUACAGGAAGCUAUUGACAGUGGUGCAGUCAUUCACACUAUAGCAUUUGGCCCAGCUGCAGAUCCGGUACUGAAAACCAUGGCAGAGAAAACAGGGGGAUACUUUAAAGUAGCAGAUGAGUCUGUAGUUUCCAACGAGCUUCUGGAUGCCUUUUGCUCAAUUACAAUGUUCGAUGGGAAUCCGAUCACUCAGCCCAUUCAGCUUGAAAGCACUGCAAAGAAUGUUGCAGAUUGGUUUAAUGGAACAGUUCCCAUUGACCGGACUAUAGGAAAUAACACCGCCUUUACAAUCACCCAUGAAAGAAGUGCACCCACUGUGUACAUAAAGUCACCAAGUGGUUUGGUUUAUGACCAGAGAAACACCUCUAGCAUUGCUAGUACAAUCACUUUUACUGUUCCAGGAACUGCAGAGCCUGGAGACUGGAAAUACAGCUUCCUCAAUGAUGAAUCAACUGCUCAGGCAGUGAGUUUAAUAGUAAUGAGUCGAGCAGCCCGUGAAGAUGUUCACCCAGUCACAGUUACAGCCAGAAUGAACCAGCAGACCAGUGACGGCACUAAACCCAUGGUCGUGUUGGCUGAGGUCAGUCAGAAUUAUAAUCCUGUGGUGGGGGCCACUGUUUGGGCGAACCUGGCGUCAGACACUGGGCACUCAGUACAACUGGAGCUACUUGAUAACGGAGCAGGAGCUGAUGCUUUCAAAGACGAUGGUGUCUAUUCCAGAUAUUUUACAAAAUUAAAACGUGGAAAAUACAGUCUGAAAGUGAGAGUGGAAAAUCAACAUGGAGGAGUCCAACUUUCCUCACGCACACACAGUGGUGCUCUGUAUGUCCCUGGAUAUAUUGUGAAUGGUAAAGUGGAAUUAAACCCUCCGAAACCCACAAUAAAUGUGCCACCAGUAGAUGUGGGAAGCUUCACCAGAACUAUAACUGCGGAGAGUUUUGUGGUGGAAGCAGAUGGACCUUCAAACUUUCCUCCAAACAAGAUCACGGAUCUGACUGCGGAAAUACAGGAGGGCAUCGUGCUUCUCAACUGGACGGCUCCUGGUGAGGAUUUUGAUGAGGGAAAAGCGCAAUCCUAUGAAAUCAGAUGGAGUGGAGAUUUGAAGACACUUCAAAAUAACUUCAACAGCAUGAAUCUAGUGAACACUUCAGCACUUGUGCCUCAAGUGUCAGGAUCAGCUGAACAUCACUCUUUCAAGCCUAAUAUUACAAUUAAAAAUGGCAACACAGUUUUCAUUGCUGUUCAGUCACUGGACCAACAAUCAGCAAGGUCAGAGAUAUCAAACAUUGCUCGAGCAAAAAGUGAUACCCAAAGUCUCAGACCCUCACCCACUAACCCUACUCCUACCCCUAAUUCUAAUCCAAGUCUGAAUGUGAAUGCGAUCAUCAUCAUCUCAGUCUGUGUGGUGACCAUCGUUGCAUGUGUUUGAGCUGUGGUCAUCACAUAGACACUGAAACAAAAAAAUUAUGAUUAGUCCCUAGUUUAAUAGAACAAGGUCUACACCAAGACUACAAGCUUAAAUAUUCUAUUCUGAUUUAUUCCUCAAGUAUUUUUUCCUUUUAAUUUAAAUUUAUUAGAACCCCAAUUCCAAAAAAAAAUUAGGACACUGUGUAAAACAUAAAUAAAAAUGGAAUGUGAAGAUUUGCGAAUAUCAUAGAAACC